CGGUUCCGGGCAGCCCGACUCCGCUGCCCGCUCCGUUUGCUGCCGCUUUUCAACCCAAAUUCUCUCUCCCCCCCCUCCCUCUCUCUCUAAAAAACGAUCAAGGGCCAGGUUCUCUCCCUAUUCUAUCUCUAGCCAUGAGUCUCUUCGGCCUGGGCAGGAACCAGAAGACAUUUCGCCCAAAGAAAAGUGCACCAUCAGGGAGUAAGGGUGCACAAUUGAGAAAGCACAUUGAUGCUACUUUAGGUAGUGGAAACUUGAGAGAAGCAGUAAGACUUCCUCCUGGAGAGGAUGCAAAUGAAUGGCUUGCUGUCAACACUGUUGAUUUCUUCAACCAGGUGAAUCUCCUAUAUGGUACUCUCACAGAGUUCUGUACAGCAGAGAUCUGUCCCACAAUGACUGCAGGCCCAAAGUAUGAGUAUAGAUGGGCAGAUGGUGUACAAAUCAAGAAACCUAUUGAAGUUUCAGCUCCAAAAUAUGUUGAAUACUUGAUGGACUGGAUUGAAGCUCAGCUGGAUGAUGAGUCCAUAUUUCCUCAAAAACUUGGCGCGCCAUUUCCUUCCAACUUCAGGGAAGUUGUGAAAACAAUAUUCAAGCGCCUUUUCCGUGUAUAUGCUCAUAUAUAUCACUCUCACUUUCAGAAGAUUGUGAGUCUUAAGGAGGAGGCCCAUCUGAAUACUUGCUUCAAGCACUUCAUAUUGUUUACCUGUGAAUUCGGGCUGAUUGAUAAGAAAGAACUCGCUCCACUUCAAGAGCUUAUAGACUCCAUCAUCGUCCCGUAUUGAACUGGCUGUGCAUUCCCUUAUAAAACCUGAUUUCGUAAUAUGGACAUAGCAAGUUGUGAUAAAAUAAAAAUGUUAAUUAGUGUUUGAGUAUGCAGUUUCUCUAACAUUGUUUGAUAUUAUUAAUCCUCUAAAUGUGCUGUAUGCUUUGAGUUUCUCGAUAAUGUCCGCGCCAAGAAUAUGGAAAGCAAUCAAGUGAUCUUUGUUGCUGAAGAGACAUUGGUAGGAUGAUGGAAUUGCCAAUUGAUGAAGGAUUGAACUCAACUGUCAAGGAAAGCAACCUAAUUGAUUUUGUUGCUGUUGCUGAGCAAUUUCGUUUUACAAGAAACAUGAACUCUAUGCGUGUUUUUGAUCCCUGUGGAACAGCAAUGAUGGAUUUUUUGGAUUGGAAUGAUGGUGAGUGCACCCAAUUUUAUGGAAUCCGAAUUAGUCCCUACUGGCGCUUGAUUAUCGUAGCUAGGGUUUGGAUGGAUACAUGUGUUGUUUGCUGUGUUUCCAAUCUAUCAUCUGAAAUGUGCAUAUAUUUUCAGUAUAAUAUCUCUCUGUCAUCUUAACCUUAAUUGGGUUCAUGGCUUUCUGGUUGUAAAGUGAAAGCACACUUCACAACUAAUAUAGAUGGACAAGGUUCUUGUAUUUGUGCAUAAAUUGAUCAGAGAGAUUCAACAAAUAUUUUGUAUUUCUAAAUAAAAUUAUUUCAAUCUGAUCAGAGGCAAAGUUGUUAAAACAA